AUGCUUUCGAAAUCCUCUUUUCUGGAUUCUUUUAGAAGACGCCGUAGAGCGUCUCAAUCUUCUUCUUCAGUCGAGCCUCCAGCAAUUUCAGAAAAUUCAGACCGUGGAACUAACAUUUCUAACAAUCCAGGCUCCAAAGUUGUCAUAAUCACAAGUGCAGACUUUAAAGACUCUGAACAACUCAAACUUGCUAGCACAUAUCAAGAAGAAGCUUUGAGUAAAUCAUUGUUUUCUUCUUCUUCUUCUUCUUCUUCUUCUCCUAGCAACAAUAAUAAAUCUGGCACGAAGAAUAAUACCAACUCGCCUCCUAUUUCCAACACUGGUGAUGAUAAUUAUAUUGAAACCAACUCCGAUGAAAAUAAUAAUAAUAAUAAUAAUAAUAUUAUUAUUAUUAUUAAUUCUCCUUCUCUUCAUCCGCUCCAUUCCAAAGCUUCGCAACAACGACGCCUGUCGCGCAGUAGUGAGACGAGUGGGAUUGCUUCAGAUAUUGUUGAUUUGUACCAAAGUCAACAUUUACAGCAGCAAUCACAACAGUCUUCCCCUGUUUUGCAGACAGAAUCGUCGCCGACCAAGCGCAUCGCUAACUCAUCGCAGAAAUUAAACCCUUCUUUAUCACAACCACCACAACCAACCUUAACUUCUCAAUCUCAAUCAUCAUUGUUCUCUUCAUCAUCAAAAACCUCAAGUCCUGACCUUGAAAAUUUUACAGGGUUUUUAGAAAAACCAGUCAAUCGUUCUCCUAAAAAUAAAAAUAAUUACUAUUCCAGUACUAGCAACGAUAGCAAUCAUAUUAGCCCUUCUUCUUCUUCUUCAGCACAAUACUUUCCAGAUUUCUCCUAUCUUUCUCAAGACCCUUCAUCUUCUGCGUUUUCUUUAUUUGCACCAGUCCCUCCACCAAAAGGUCUUUUUAACCCAGACCAACUCCAAAAUUUAAAAGAACACAUGGUCAUCCGAGAUAAUAAAUAUAAUAACCGCUCACGGUAUGAAGAGUACGAAGAUCUCGCAGAUAAUUUAGACAAACUCGCGCCAGGGGGUCUUAGUGCUAGUACUACUAGUGCAAACGCCCUACGCCAGAACUUAGCGCGCACGUCGCCACAAAGCUCAUCCACUCAUAAUUCGUCUUUAACAAUGUCUCCACGCGCCAUGUCCUCAUCCUCCAUGUCGGCAGCAUUAUCCACCGGCUCGCCAGUCCCUGGAAAAUACUCUCAAAUCAAGCACGACUCACAAUAUUAUGAUCAGUUUGAUACAGAUGUAUAUGAUGAUCACGAUAUUGAUACAUUUUCUACAAGAAAGCCCCUUUCGGCUUAUGCGGAACGACAACCUGUAUCGCGUAUAGCAUCUACUCCUGUCCAACAGCGCUCUGCCUCUCGACAGCGCAGGUACUCAAUUGAUGAACAACAGCAACAGUAUCUACAAUACUCAUCUCAAAACUUAAAUACUUAUCAAGAACAACCUCAAACAGGAGCAGCAGCGUUUUUAAGUGGAAAGGACCAUUUGCGGCAAGAUGUGGUGCCACGAGCGUCAUCAGCAGCAACAACAACAGCAGCAUCAUUCAACAAACGUUCAUCAUUACAACCACAUAUGCUGGGAUCUAAUUCUAACGGAUCAUCUGGGACAUUAUGGGAUGACCUGGAGGCUGUCAAGGCUAAACUGCGGCGCAUGAAACUGUCGCAAGGUUUGCACGUACAGCAGCAGCAACAGCAGCAGCAACAGCAGCAGCAACAGCAGCAGCAACAGCAGCAGCAACAGCAGCAGCAGCAACAACAACAACAACAGCAACAACAGCAGCUACAAAAACAACAAAAACAACUAAAACAACGAGAAAUGUUUCAUGACCCUGAUGAUGAGUAUGAAUCAAGUACGUCACCUGUUCUGGCUCGAACAAUGCCUCCUCUUUCACAAAAUGAACCACAGGUAGACACACGUCGGCACUCAGCAUCAUUCCGACAUAGUACGGGAACUCAUCGAAGUACAAGUGUGAGUAGUGUGGAGCAGCGUCUUGAAGACAGCACAGAGUACAGACGCAGUAGCGGGUACCCCACAAAACUAAACUCACAAAUUCAGCAGCAGCAGCAACUGCAACUGCAACAACAGCAGCAACUGCAACAACAGCAACAAACUCAGUACCGCACAGCAGGCGAGCGACAUUUAGCCGAGGUUCUUGCAUACGCGCGGCGGACCUGGUUAGGACCCAGUGAAGGAGCAACACCUACCGCUGAUGCGCUUUUAUUGGAGCGCGCAGCUCAAGACGUGCUUCUGUUGUAUGAUACUGCAGUGGGUGGAAUUGACGAAACUAGUGCUGAUAGUUUAGAUGAGGAAAGUCUAGCAGGGUCUAUACGAGGCCGGCGGUGUACGGUUGCACAUGUGGACGCGUUAGACCGCGCAGCCUUGUCUUUGGCCGGGUUUCUGUUGCAGUAUCUCAAUACAAGUUCAAGAGCAGUGUCGGCGCUAUCGUUACAUCACCCUGCGGUAUCGCAGCAGCAACAGGCUCAUGCGAGUACUCAUAGUUUGGAGUCUGCAGCAAGUGGCGGGUCUGCGGGGUCUGGUACCCGUGCGCGGACCAGUCCAGUGGUGGGAUACUCUCAAACAAAUUCAUCUCAACAUCAACAAAUGUCGAAUAAAUCAGCAAGUUUGGCGACUCCACGCGUAGCUCCCAGAUCAAGUAGUGCUUUGGGAACACCAUCUAUGACAAGUACUCCUGGAUUUGGAGGUAAGGGGUUUCCAGUACGUCCAUGGCAUGGAUUAAGUAGUAAUUCAGGUGGUGGAGCCAUGGUUUCAUCUACGAUUGGUGUCAAUAAUAAUAGCCCAUCUGAGAGCUUGUUUGAGUAUGACUCGCCAGACGAUUUGCGUAUACUGAGUGUAAGUGCAAGUGGAAACUCUGGGAACGGUAGCCGACGCGGAAGCAUUGGUGGUGGAGGCGGAAGUAGCCUUUACUCUUCUACACGCAGUAACAACAAUGACCGGGACUCUAGGCGGUUUGGUGGUGGAGCCGCUACUAGUCUAGGACAUUAUAGUGGCAUGUGA